CAAAAGGGCACCCGCACAUUGGCCUUUUUUGCCUUUAGCUUCUGUGCUUCCCUUAGCAAUUGUCUAUGUCUGCUGGUUUUUCUGCUCCCCCUUCUCAGAACUGCAAAUGGGGGGGGAAGAAUCGUACAUUCAAUUUCUUGUUAUAUUACUUGACCCUUCCUUCCUUUUCAUCUUAAUAAUCUUUUGAGCUACCUCCUUCUUUCCCAACCCCCAUGACCAGGACUACAGAUUCUUAUUGCUUCUCCUCCCCAAAUUUCUGCUGCUAUUCCACACCUUUCUCCCUUUAAAUCCAUAUACAUACAUACAUACAUAUAUAUAUUCACUCCACUUCCAAUCUUCUCCCCCCAUUUCAGCAUCCCACUUGAGUGCUUGCUUUUUCUCCCACUUCUCAGUGGUAGUGAUUUGUUUUCCACGGUUUCUCUACCUUCUUUUUUGGUCUUAUUUAUUGAGUGGGUGUAUGUUGGUCGAUUCCCACCAAGUUUUCAUUUUUAUUUCCUUUUUCUUUUUCCGGAUGCUUUUAUAUUGAGAAAAACAUAAACAUCAUAUACCUCACUGGGCGGGUUCAACUUUUUUUUUUUGAUGGAAAUUGAUCUGAAUCAUCAAGUGAGGGGUGGUGGUGAGGAGGAAGAGGAGGAAGAUGAAGGGAAAAGGACUGGUUCUUGCUGUAUUGCAGAAUGUGAAGAAGAAGCAGAAAGGGUUGUUGGUUCAUCAAUAUACUUGGAGCUAUGGCAUGCCUGUGCGGGCCCACUCACCUGUUUGCCCAAGAAGGGAAAUGUUGUGGUCUAUUUCCCUCAAGGCCACUUAGAGCAGGCUUCUUCAUCAUCUCCUUUGGAGAUGGACUUCCAAACGCUUAGACUUCCUCCCCAGAUCUUCUGCAGAGUAGAUGAUGUUCAGCUUCUUGCCAAUAAGGAAAAUGAUGAUGUUUACACCCAGCUUACUCUGCUCCCUAUACCAGAGCCAGUUGGUAUGGGUCACGAAGAUAUGGGAAUGGAAGACGAAGGGGGGAGUGGGACUGUGCCUACUACCAAACCAACCUCACACAUGUUCUGCAAAACCCUAACGGCUUCGGAUACUAGUACUCAUGGUGGAUUCUCAGUUCCCCGUCGAGCUGCAGAGGAUUGUUUCCCACCUUUGGACUAUAAAGAGCAGAGGCCGUUCCAGGAAUUGGUUGCUAGAGAUCUGCACGGUGUGGAAUGGAAAUUUAGACACAUUUAUAGAGGUCAGCCAAGGCGGCAUUUGCUCACCACUGGGUGGAGUAUCUUUGUGAGCCAAAAGAAUUUAGUGUCAGGGGAUGCUGUUCUGUUUUUAAGAGGAGAAGGGGGAGAUCUCAGGCUGGGAAUAAGAAGAGCUGCUAGGCCUAGACAUGGCUUACCCGAAUCCAUCAUAAAGAAUCAAACUUCUUUUUCCAGCGUUCUUUCUGAAGUUACAAAUGCUCUAUCUCACAAGACAACAUUUAAUGUCUUAUAUAGCCCAAGGGCAAGUCAUGCUGAUUUCAUUGUCUCAUACCAAAAAUAUGUAAAAAGCAUCAACAACCGAAUACCCAUUGGAACGAGAUUUAAAAUGAGAUUCAACAUGGAUGAUUCUCCUGAAAGAAGGUUCAGUGGUGUCGUGACUGGAGUUAAUGAUUUGGAUCCUUACCGAUGGCCUGGUUCAAAGUGGAGAUGCUUGAUGGUAAUGUGGGAUGAUGAUUUUAUGAGCAAUCAUCAAGAACGAGUUUCUCCAUGGGAAAUAGAUUCCUCAGUUCCUUUUGCACCACUAAACAUUCAGUCUUCUCCAAGAAUGAAAAAGCUUCGAACCAGUCAGCCGGCAAUGCCACAUGAAGGACAUUUUCCUGGAAGUAGUGCUGAUGUAUUGGACUUUGAGGAGUCCGUAAGAUCCUCCACAAAGGUCUUGCAAGGUCAAGAAAAUUUACGUUUUGUAUCACCUCUGUUUGGAAGUGAGAAAACCAGCUGCCAUAAGGAUUUUGAGAGGCAACCCUUUGGCGACCAAAAUCUUGUUGGGUCAACUGUUAUAGGAAAGUCACAAAUGGGUGAUUUUGUGAGAACUCAUCAUCACCCUCCAGUCACCAUCCAAACAGGCUUUCUGGAAUCCAACCGAUUUCCAAAGGUCUUGCAAGGUCAAGAAAUUUGCUACUUGAGACCCCUAAACAUGAAAAGUGACAUGAACAACUUCUACCCUGUUAGCACCAAAAACAACUUCUACCCGCUCAGCUCUGAAGAGGUGCAAAAGACGUUUUUACCCCUCAAUGGGAUGUAUAGUAGAGCUAACAAUCAAGAUCCUUUAUUGCAGCUUCCAUACAACUUACCUAAUUACAAGAUUUCCGAAAACCAUGCAUUAAACCCAAUCUCCAUCCAAGGGAAGGAAGAGCAUGUAAUUCAAAAUUACCAGAAUGACCCUAGUCCCGUGGAAAAAGCAUCCAUAUUGCAUCAUAUCAAGAAUGAGAAGAAAAGUGAGGGUUUGAAUGGAACUGGUGGGACCUGCAAAUUGUUUGGGUUUUCAUUGAUCAAAGAGCCAUCAACCCCCAGUUCACAAAGUUCUGGUAAGAGGAGCUGCACUAAGGUUCACAAACAAGGAAGCUUGGUAGGGAGAGCUAUUGAUCUAUCAAGACUCAACAGCUAUGAUGAGUUGAUGGUUGAGUUGGAAAAGCUUUUUGGGAUGGAAGAACUUUUAAGGGAUCCUAAUAAAGGGUGGAGAGUGUUGUAUACCGACAGUGAGAAUGACAUGAUGGUCGUCGGGGACGAUCCAUGGCAUGAGUUCUGUGAAGUGGUAUGCAAAAUCCACAUAUACACCCAUGAAGAAGUAGAGAAAAUGACAGUAGGGGGAGGAGGGAUGAGUGACGACACUCAGAGCUGUUUGUUGGAGGAGGCGCUGCCGGUCCCCGAUGCAUCCAAGUCAUCAUCAGUCGGUCAGCCUGACGACAACAGCGAUCAAGAUCUAAGGCUCUAUGGCUAAGAGAGGAUUUGCAUGUCUCCCUUUCAUCAUGCUUAUAUGUGUGUGUUGUGUUGGAGCACUUUUUUGUGUUGAGAUUAUAAUGUGCUCUAAAUAUAAUUUUCCCACUCCAGUCCCAUACAACAAACAAUAUAUGUUGGCGGAAACUAUUGUUUAUGACUGUGUAUAUCAUGUGUUGUCUUAAGAUAACACUGUAUAUUGACAUUUGCCGUUAGCUAGGCAGCUUGUUUUAU